AUUACUACUUCUCUUCGAUUCGCCUCAUAGUCCAUAGCAUAUCAUUAUGAAGCUACAGGGGAACACCCUACUUGGAGCCGUGACGGCAUUGACUGCUCUUGGUUUCAUGCAAAUAGGAUAUGACAACGGGGUCAUGGGAGGUCUCGUGAACCAAACUGCUUUCAAUGACACCUUCGACUCGCCCGGCUCUACAAUGAUCGGCGUUAUUGUUUCUUUGAUGGAGAUUGGCGCAUUCAUAGGAAGCGUGAGCUCUGCUUUCUUCGGGGAACGAAUCGGACGAAGAAAAAGCAUCGCCGUUGGGGUCGUCAUUUUGAUCCUGGGAGCCUUGUUGCAAGCUACCGCGUACCAUCGCUCUCAUCUCAUCGUCGGCCGGGUUGUCUCAGGAGUUGGUCUUGGAAUAGUCAACUCGACAGUACCCGUGAUGCAGGUGGAAUUCUCGCCGAAGGCUACUAGAGGCUUAUACGUCUGCAUGCAACUCUCUACACUGAAUUUCGGAAUCCUCCUGGCUUAUUGGAUUGACUAUGGUUUCUCUACGCACAUAGGCAGCUAUGCCUGGCGAGUUCCUGUGAUUCUCCAGUGUGCUUUCCUAUUCCCAAUGCUUCUCCUCGUAUUCCUUGUGGAUGAAACUCCCCGAUGGCUCGCAGCCCACGACCGCCAAGAUCAGGCCCUGCAGGUCCUCCACCGGCUCUAUACUGACAACAUGCACGAGAGCGAUAUUACGGCCCUACAUGAGGAUAUUCUUCGCACAGUUGCUCUCGAAAAAGCAGUGGGUGCAGGGUCGUGGAAAGAUCUUCUGCGCAAUGAUGAGAUCCAGAGCCAGCGGCGGUUUCUCAUUGCUUGCGCGAUACAGAUUUUCCAACAGCUUGGCGGAAUCAAUGCAAUUAUAUACUACUCUGCGACCCUGUUCGAAAAGUCGGUGGGAUUCUCGAAACACAUGUCGGCUUUGAUGUCGGGCUUCCUGCAGACAUGGUUCUUCGUCGCCUCUUUUAUCCCUUGGUUCCUGAUUGACCGCGUGGGUCGACGCCCACUGCUCCUAUCUAUGAUCUCGACCAUGGCUGCUGUCAUGGCUGUACAGAGCGCUCUGAUUUACCAGGUGCAGAAUAACACUAGUAUUGCCCACACGAGUGGCAUCGCGGCGGCGGCUAUGCUGUUUAUCUUCCAAGGAGCUUUCACCAUCGGGUUUCAAGCUACUGUCUGGGUAUAUCCAUCGGAGAUAUUACCUCUCCGUCUCCGACAGCGUGGCUCGUCAAUCAGUACAGCGUCCAAUUGGAUUUGCAACUACCUUGUUGUGCAGAUUACUCCACCCGCCAUUAGCAAUAUAGGCUGGAAGACCUACAUUAUCUUUGCUGUACUAAACGCCCUCUGGGUUCCCAUUAUCUAUUUCUUCUUCCCGGAGACAAAAGGUCUCCAACUUGAGGAGGUCGACAGGUUAUUCGCUGAUGGGAUUGAACAAUUCACGGGUCAGUCGUAUACAACCAAAGAUUGCGUGCGUCACGUUGAGGAGGCGAGGACUUAGGAUGUAAUCGAGCGUCCACUUUAGUCAAACUUCCCCCUGACUGCCUCUGCUGUUUUAGUAAUAUGCGGG